AAAGGCUUCGGUCCGUGUUGUUGUUAUUCUGUGACGAAGAAAAGUGCGCUAAAUUGUGUGGAUUCUGCUCCAGAAAAUCGUCAAAAUUGCGUUAGCAGCCGUGCAUCAUGCCCCCCGUGAAGAACGAUGGUGAUAGCGAUGGAGACGGCGAUAUGUCGGGCGCGGAAUCGGAACACUCGGGCUCCAGCCACGGACAGGACCGCGAUUCCAGCGCGGAGGAAGCGGAUGAGCCCGAUUCCGAUGAUUCCUCGGAGAUGUCCGAAGGCGAAUGUGAUCGGAGGCGUACCGGCUGUCUCGAGAAUCUGACAAACCUGGAGAAACAGUUUGGUAUUCUGAAGGAGCAACUGUACAAGGAGCGCAUGAAUCAGGUGGACAAUCAGCUGCAGGAUGUGCGCGGUGGCCGAUCACAGGAGUACCUGCUACCGUUGCAGCGGCUCGCCGAUAACAUGAACAGCCGCAAGGAGGUGGCCGAGGUGCUGAAGAACUAUCGUAUCGAAAACAUUCAAAACAAGUACUCGGGCGAAAUGCAAUCCGCCUAUCAACACUUUGAUAGUGAAAAAAAUCUCGCCAUGGAUGUGAUCUACGAGGAGCUAACGGAUAAGAUACGGCGCCUCGAGGAAGAUCGCCACAACGUGGACAUCUCGUGGGCCGACUGGGGCACGAGCACGAAAACGGCGAAGGUGCGCGGACCGGGUCGCAAGAAGGCCGUCACCGUGUCCGGCCCCUACAUCGUGUAUAUGCUGCGCGAGGAGGAAAUUCUCGAGGACUGGACGUCCAUCCGGAAAGCAUUGAAGCGCUCGACGGCUGCCGCUACCUGAUAUUUAGUCUAAGGAAGCAAGGAAGGAACAAAGGUACGAUACGGCCAUGAUGGCGGGGAACCGAUGCCCCAACGUUGGCCACCGCUUGUGGUCGUUGUGGAUUUUUCUUAAUUUCAAUUAUGGAUAGCUUGGUGCUCGCUUUCCGUGACGAUGAUCUGAAGUGUGUGAAACCUUAUUUAACGCAUUUUUUUCGAAUCGACGCCAACGAUGCACUUCGAGACGAGUGAUAGUAAUUCCGUUUUAACGAUUAUCACUGCGCGAACAGCAGAAACAAAGACUUAGAAGCGAAGAAACGCCAAAACUACUA